AUGCUAGAGGCAGUGGAACUCCUUGCCAUAAUUGACAAAGUCUACGCGUUGACUAUUUGCACAGACGCAAUGCGAUCGUUUGCGGGCUACCGCCGAGUGUGUUUCUAUGACCUCAACUCAAUAUACCAUUCUGGACUAGGAACUUUCCGUCCGGCAAACAUCGACGCUAUGCUUUGUACACAUAUAAUCGUAGCAUAUUCCUGGAUCGAAGAUAACGCUUUAACAGAGUAUACGCCUAAUGAUAGAGAUCUUUACAAGGAAGUUAUUGACCUCAAACACGCCAACCCCCACCUAAAGGUUAUGAUUGCUUUAGGAGGGCUGGUCCCCGACUUUGCUACUAUGGUAGCUAAACCAAAGAGAAUGAUCGAGUUCGUGGAAUCCACCAUCCCGUUCUUGAACAAAUAUAGGUUUGACGGAAUAGACCUUGACUGGGAGUUUGCAGCCAUCGACAAACCCCGUGUGGACAAAUCACAAUAUUCAGGUCUUUGCAGGAGAUUGAGAAAUGCUUUCGAAAAAGAGUGCGAAAAGUCUGGCAAAGAACGUAAGCUGCUGACGGCUACCGUGGGAACACUGAAAUCAAACAUCGAUGCUGUUUAUGAUAUUCCAGAAAUGGUUCAGCACCUGGACUUCAUCAACUUAAUAACUGAUAACCUAUACCGGGAACAGGGUUACCCUGACAAUCGGACUUACCACCACAGCACCCUUGUCGACAGGCCAACUGACACGGAGAUGGAAAGUUAUAUCAAUAUGCAAUGGGCAGCGAGGUACUGGGUGCAACAGGGAGUUCCAAAGGCACAAAUCAACAUAGGAAUAUCGUUUGGAGCUUUUGGGUUUGAGCUGUUGGAUUCAGCUAGUUAUGAUAUAGGGGCUGUAUCCGUUGGACCAAGCCCCGCGGGUCCGUUCACAGGGAUAAAGGGCAUUCUGGCGUACUACGAGGUUUGUCUGCUCCUUGAGGAAGGCGGUCAGUCAUACCAGAGCUAUAAUGUUCCUUUCUACGUCAACGACACCUUGUGGGUAGCUUAUGAUGACCAGCAGAGUGUUGCAGAUAAGGCCGAAUGGCUCGUUCAAGAGGGAUACGGUGGUAGCAUGGUCUGGGAGUUAUCUAUGGACGAUUUCAGUGGUGUAUGCAGCUCCUCCGUGAAUAGAUUUCCGCUCGCACGUCAGAUCAAGGACACCCUUCAAACUGCAGAACCAAGGCCCAGCACAUAUCGAAAGGUAUGUACCUUCACCGUGUGGUCCGUGGAUCGACCCAGUCUGGGAAAGUUCUCCCCCUGGGACAUAGACCCAACCCUUUGUACACAUAUCACUGUGGCCUACGCUACGGUCCGCCAUGAUAGGCUGGCACCGAUAUUCGUCCAAGAUUUAAAGCUAUAUCGUCAAAUCAGCCGAAUAAAAAAUAACUACCCUCACAUAAAGACUCUGUUGUCUGUUGGUGGCUGGGAGGAAGGUAGUGCAGCGUUCUCCAACAUGGUAUCCAACCGCCUCUCGAUGUUUACUUUUGUGAGGUCAGUCCUCACCUUCCUGCGAAACUACGACUUUGACGGGCUGGAUCUUGCUUGGCAAUACCCAGCAUUCAGAAGAGGUUCUCGCCCAGCAACAGAUCGUCGCCUCUAUGGAGAACUGAUUAGGAUGCUUCGAGGUGCGUUCGAUGCAGAAUGCUUGCGCUCUGGUAAGGAUAGUUUCCUUCUAACAGCAUCCGUCAGCCCUGAAAAAUUCAUAAUCGACAAAUCCUAUGAUACAAACGCCAUGGUUCAAAACUUGGACUGGAUCAACGUGAUGACCUUCAGCAUGCAUGGCCCUUGGUACAAGUCGACAGACCACCAUAGUCGUCUUUACGCUCGCUCUGGGAGUAGCAUCGACAGCGCCCAACGUACAAUAGAGUGGGCGGCCAGCUACUGGACAAGUGUUGGUGCGGCGAAGGAACAGCUGAAUAUCGGCCUACCAACCUUCGGCGUGGGAUUUACGUUGGACGACUCUAGUAAUAAUGGUCUAUUUGCCGAUGCUUGUGGGCCAUCUGAUUCCGGUCCAUACACUAAGGUAGCCGGAUACCUGUCAUACUGCGAGAUCAAUGAGCUGAUACAGGAUGGCGCGAUGAUGUACCGUGACGAUGGUGUGCCAUACCUUGUUCUCGGGGACCAAUGGAUCGCAUAUGACGACCCACAAAGUCUGUCGGAAAAGACGAGCUGGUUAAUACAAGAAGGAUACGGGGGAGCCAUGAUGUGGGAUUUAUCAAUGGACAACCAGUGUAGUAAUACAUCAGACACUACGUUUCCAUUAAUCUCGGAAAUAGUGGGGACGUUGCGUGACUCCGAGACACAAUCAUCUACCUCCUUGCCAACAUCUACUUCAUCUACAUUACCAACCACGACCCCAACAACAACAACAAAACAACCACCAGGGCCAACAACAACGACAAUAAUU